AUGUGUGUAUAUAUAAAGCCCCAGCUGCGCUCCUCUUUGGGGGGUUCUUGUGUGGUGCGGUAUCGUGCGCAUAUUGUGAUUUCUGAUAUAUCUCAGUGGUAUUAUAUUUAUAUCGUAUACCAUCCAGCACACAUCACACAUCACAGACAUCUUGUCUACCUUGUUCUUUUGGUUGGUUUUUCCUUGUUCCUUGCGUUGUCCAUCAGGCCGAGGGGGGACAUAGAUGUGUGUUCAUAUCCUGCUUGCUGCUACGAUGUCGCCGCUGUAUGAUGAUUGCAAGAACGACUCUAGUGGCGGUGGUGGUGGUGGUGCUUCUGCUAGUGCUGCUGCUGGUGCUGCUGCCGCACCACCGAUAACAUUCCGCUUCGCCCCCGACGGCAAACACAUCGCCGCGCUCAACGCCACAGGGCAGCGCCUCGCACUAUUCGCAUACUCGAAACACAGCGUCACGCGCAUCAUGCCUGCGGCCGAGCCCGGGGCAAGCGCGCAGGAAGCACAGCGCCGCGAAAUCUGCACUUCCAAGCACUCCCUACUCUCCGGGACGACGACGCUACACAUCCACGGGCGCGAAGUCAAAGUACGGCAGUCGUGGGAGGGGCUGCGGGAUGGGCGGGAUAUCGAGCUGCCUGGCGGGACGAUGUUGGAGUGGCGGGCGGGGAGUGGUGGAGUUGAGGAGUUGAGGGAUGCGGAUGGGACGCUGCUUGCGCGGGGGAGGAAGCCGGGGGUUUUUGGAGGGAGGAAGGGGUGUGAUCUGGGGGCGUAUGGACGGGCGUGUGGCGAUGAGUUUCUGCUUGAUUUGGUGUUGUGCUCGUGGGUUUGUGCGGUGGUGAAGGGGGGGAAGGCGGAAAAGGAUGCUGACGACGAUGAGGAAGAAGUGAAGGCGAUGGCGGAGGUGUUUGGGGCGUUGGCGGGGGUGGUUGAUGGAUGAAAGGGGGUUUUGAAAUUUAGUAUUGGAUUGGGGCGUGUGCGAGGGCGGCUUGGGUGCGUAGAGCGUCGAAUGUGAGGAGGAAUUUGCUGGAUAUGCCAAAGGGUGCGUGCGAGUGUGGUGUCCAGUGUUUUUCCCAGGCUUGUUGGAUGGCGGCGCGGC